AUGGCACCCUACUCUACCACUAGCAGUUCCUCGGACUCGGGGAGUCCCUUCACACCAUUCGAGUACCGGGGCGACUCCAGCCCAUCCCUCUACUCAUCUCCGUCUCCCCGACUCGCUCCCGCCGGCCGUGACACGUCGCAGGACAUUGCCAUUAUCGGCUUCUCAUUCGAAUUCCCCGGGGCCAAUUCGGAAGAUGCGUUCUGGGACCUCCUCACCCAGGGCCAAUGCGCCGCAACCCCCUUUCCACCGGACAGGUUCCACUACUCGCGAUUCCAGGAGAAGAUCCGCCCGCAAAGGGCCAGCUUUGUCCAGCGGGACAUCAGCGCCUUCGAUGCCCGCUUCUUCGGCAUGACGGAGGAUGAAGCGGUCGGGACAGAUCCGCAGCUACGCAUCUUGCUCGAGACUGCGUACAGAGCACUUGAGAAUGCGGGAAUACCCCUGAGCAGCAUCAGCGGCAGUGACACGUCAGUGUACACGGGCUGCUUCACGGCGGACUACACGCUGGCCACGUCCAAAGACCCGGAGAACGCACCGCGGUACUCUGCCACGGGGAUGGCCCAGAGCAUGCUGUCGAACCGCAUCAGCGCCUUCUUCAACCUGCACGGCCCCAGCGUCACCAUCGACACGGCGUGUUCCAGCAGCCUGGUCGCCCUGGACAUGGCCUGCCGAUCCAUCAGGACAGGAGAGUCAUCCAUGGGAAUCGUCGCUGGAUGCAACCUCCUCCUGACCCCCGACCUCUUCAUCUCCCUAUCCAGCCUGGGCUUCCUCUCGCCAGACGGGGUAUGCCACAGCUUCGACAGCCGCGCAAACGGCUACGGGCGGGGCGAAGGCUUCGGCGUGCUGAUCGUCAAGCCGGUCGACGCGGCGGUCCGCGACGGCGACACGAUCCGAGCCGUCAUCCGGGCCACGGGGACGAACCAGAACGGGCGCACCAACCUGGCCCUGCCGAGCAAGGAGCUGCAGUGGCGGCUCAUAGACGAGACGUACCGCAAGGCGCACCUCGACAAGUCGCGCACGCGCUUCUUCGAGGCGCACGGCACGGGCACGCCCGCCGGCGACCCGCUCGAGGCCAUGGCCAUCGGGAACGCCUUCAGCCCGGGCCGCGAGGCGGACGACCCGGUCGUGAUCGGUGCGGUGAAGGCCAACAUCGGCCAUCUGGAAGGCGCCGCGGGCAUCGCCGGCGUGAUCAAGACCGUGCUGGUGCUCGAGCGGGGGCUGAUCCCGCCCAUCGCGCAGCUGGGGCAGCUCAACGUCGACAUCGACGCCGAGUUCCUCAAGCUGCAGUUCCCCACGGCGGCCGCGCCGUGGCCCAAGCCGGGCCUGCGCCGGGCCUCCAUCAACUCGUUCGGUUUCGGCGGCACUAAUGCCCAUGCCAUCCUGGACGAUGCGUUCCACUACCUCCAGAGCCGCGGCAUGCCGGGGAAGCACCGCACCAGCGUCCCCGCGGCUCUAGAGUUUGACUCUUUGGGCUUGCUCCGCGAAACGGCCCGGCCUGCCGGGAUAAAAGGCCGUACCACGCCGAUGGUCUUCACCUGGUCGGCCAAUGAGCCAGACGCCGUAGCCCGGAUGGUGGAAGGGUGCCGGACACAUCUCGAGGCCGGCGAGAUGACCGACGACAAGCUUGAAGCCAUGGCUUAUACCCUGUCGGAGAGGCGCAGCCUCCUUCCGUGGCGGUCCUUCGCUGUGGCCGGCUCGGUGUCCCAGCUUGUCGAAGUUCUUCAGCAGCACCCCCGAGACGCCGUCCAGGCGCUGGCCGACCCGAAGACGGGCUUUGUCUUCACCGGACAGGGGGCGCAGUGGCUGGGCAUGGCGCGUGAGCUGUUCGCCUACCCGGUCUUCCGGGACAGCGUGCUGGACGCGGACCAAUUCCUGCGCACGCUCGGCUGUGACUGGAAGGCGUCGGACGCGCUGCUGAGCAGCAAGGGAGAGUCGUCGCCGCGUGUCAACAUGGACGAACCGCGGCUCGCACAACCGCUGUGCACCAUCGUCCAAGUAGCCGUGGUGGAAUUGCUACGGAACUUUGGCGUCUAUCCGGUCACGGUCAUCGGGCAUUCCAGCGGAGAGAUCGCCGCGGCAUAUACAGUCGGCGCCAUCAGUCGGGAGUCGGCCUGGAAGCUGGCCUACCUGCGCGGCUUGCUCUCCAGCCAGCUUGCCGAGUCGUCCCGCGCCGGAACGUCGCCGCGCGGCUCCAUGGUGGCCGUUGGCCUUUCCGAGUCGUCGGUCCAGCCCUACUUGGAGGAGAUACUACGGCUGGGCGAGGUCCGCAGGGACGGCAUCCUCACGGUCGCCUGUGUCAAUAGCCCCGAGAGCGUCACGGUCUCCGGAGACGAGGACCUCGUGCGGGCACUGCAAGCUCGCCUGACCCAGGAGGGCGUCUUUGCCCGGGUGCUCAAGGUGCCCGUCGCAUACCACAGCCCGCACAUGGAGGCGAUCGCGCCGGCAUACGAGCAGAUGAUCGGCACCCUUGCCCCCGGGGAGGCGCAACCAGCCCAGUACGUGACCAUGAUCUCGUCCGUUACGGGGGAUCAUGUCGACCCCCACGAGCUCCAGCAGGCCCGGUACUGGGUCCGGAACAUGGUGUCGCAUGUCCGCUUCGCCCCGGCCCUGGCGCGCCUGUGUCAGAACUCGGCCAAGAAGACGAGGAAGAAGCUAGACAUGAGCCACCGCAAGUUCGUCUCGGUCUCGCACCUGUUGGAGAUCGGGCCGCACUCGGCGCUGCAGGGCCCCAUCGGCCAGACGGUGGAUGCGGCCUCGCCGAGAGUCAACAUCUCGUAUGCCGCGGCCAUAAUCAGGGGGCGACCGGCCACCGACACGCUGCUGGAGGCGGUGGGGAAGCUGCACUGUCUCGGCUUUGCAGUGGACCUGGUUAAAGCCAACAACAUCAGCACGGCUGUUUCACUUGGGGCAGCCAAGGGCCAACCGGUUGUGCCACCGCUGACUCUCCCGGAGUACCCCUUCGACCACACGCAGACGUACUGGAACGAGCCGCGAGUGAGCAAGAACCUGCGGUCCCAGUCGCAGCCAUACAGUGAGUUCCUGGGCACGCCCGCGGCAGACUGGAACCCGCUCGAGCCGCGGUGGCGCAACACGCUCCGGGCCUCCUCGAUCCCCUGGGUGCAGGACCACAAGAUCAACGGCGACAUCCUCUACCCGGCGGCGGGCAUGUGGGUCAUGGCCGUGGAGGCCAUCACCCAGAUCGUCUCGCCCGGCCAGAGGAUCCUGGGCUACGAGAUCCGGGACACGGCCAUGCUCUCGUCCCUGGUCAUUCCCGCGGACGACACCGAGGUGGAAGUGCAGUUCCGGCUGAAGCCGGUCGUUGACUCGUCCAACAAGACCGCCUCCUGGGCCGACUUCAGUCUCUACGCCUGCCGCAGUGGGACUAGCUUCGUCGAGAUCUGCCGGGGCUCUAUCAAGGCUGUGUUUGCAGCGGAGGGCGAGGACGGCUCCAACCCGCGGCAGAUCGAUCAUGCCAGGGACACGAUCCAGCUGGCGAGGCGGACCUGUUUUUCCGAGAUCCGGUCCGACGAGCUAUAUGCCCUGCUCGAUGAGCACGGGUACCAGUACGGUACACUCUUCCAGGGCAUCCAGGUCGCACGGCGUGACGGCAGCGGACAGGCGGUUGGAGAGGUAGCGCUGUGCAAUCCUCCUCCUAGCGGCUCUGCCUCUCGCACGCCUCCCACCGUCAUCCACCCCUGCGAUCUCGACUCGGUCCUGCAGCUGUGCCUCCCUGCCAUCGUCCGGGACGACAACGGGGCUAACACCAAGAGGGAGACAUGGGUGCCUACCUACCUCUCUAAGCUGUGGCUUCCGGCCUCGGGCUUCCGGGGUGGUCGGGUACAAGCGCACGCCUCGACCCAGGCGCGCAGCACACGUCUCUGCGAGUCCACCAUCCAAGUAGUCGGCAACGACGGCGACGACAACGGCGACGGUGUCCUGCUCAUCACCGGCGCCGAGCUCACCCUGAUCGCAUCCCACCAACCCGCCACCAACCACACCAAACCACCCUCCCGCCUCUCCCGGCGCCUGUGCUACGACCUGGUCCGUGCCCCCGACAUCUCCCUCCUCACACCCUCCGAAACCGCCCAGUACGUCCACGCACACCCACCCCUGCCUCCCGACCCAACCGACCUCCUCCGCACUCUAAAGCUAUACAUCCUGACCUCCAUGUCCCGCGCAAUCGCCUCGGUGCCCUUCGAGAGCAUCCCGCCUUCCCGCCCGCACCUCCAGCGCCAGUACCGGUGGAUGCAAUCCAUCCUGUCCUCCGCCACGACCCGCCCGCCCGCGGGGAUCCCCACCUCCUGGACGGCCCUCACCACCCACGAGAAAGCCUUCCGCUCCCUCUCCUCCCGGCUCGCACGCAUGUCGCCGCUGGGGGCCAUCCACGUCUUCGUCGGGUCGCACGUCCCCUCCAUCCUGCGCGGGGAGGCCGAUCCGCUCGAGAUCUUGACUACCACUAAGCUGAACUCCAUCUGGCAGUCUUCUUCGUCUCAUGACGGUGAUGUUGAUGGGGAUGGGGAUGGCGAUAUCCUGACAGAGUAUUACGCGGUGUUCAACACGUCCCUGCAAUUCUUCGCGCCGCUCGCGCGGUACCUCGACCUGCUCGCGCACAAGAACCCACGGAUGACGAUCCUCGAGGUCGGUGCCGGUACGGGCAUCACCACCAUUGAGCUGCUCAAGACCCUGGUGGGCGAGUCGAGGGGCAAGAAAUGGUGCCGCUUUGGCAGGUACGAUUUCACGGAUGUGUCGCCCGGGUUCUUGGAGAAGGUUAAACUUGGGACUGGCGAGGAGGGGGGAAGUCAAGUGGGUGAUGUGUUGGCUGGGUUGGGCGAGGAGAGGAUGCAGUUCAAGGUGUUGGAUGUUGAGCGCGAUGCUGUGGGUCAGGGGUUUGAGGAAGGGGGGUAUGACCUUGUUGUGGCGGUUAAUGUGCUGCAUGCGACGAAGAGCCUGCGCGAGUCGCUGCGGAAUAUCAGGACGCUGCUGAAGGACAACGGUAAACUGCUUCUCAUCGAGAUCACCGACCCGCGGUCGACGAUCGGUCCUUCAAUCUUCGGAUACCUGCCCGGCUGGUGGAGAAGUGCCGAGCCGUGGAGACAGAACGGCCCGAUCGCCACAAUCUCAGAAUGGGACCGCGAGCUCAAAGCGGCUGGCUUCGACGGCACCGAGCUGGUUGUGCCCAACUACCAGGAGACGGAGAACCAGUUCGCGAGCCUGAUCAUCUCAACCGCAACAACCACAGCAACAACAGAGGAAGUGGAGAGGCCAGAGCUGACUACGACGCCAGAAUUGCCAGCUACACCCGUUUCAGCGCACGCACCGGGCGGCAAGAUGGCCGUGGUUCUUACCAGCUGGUCCCCUUCGGCAUCCGAACAGUCGCCCCUCACCGAGCUAGUAGUCUCGAAGCUCAAAGAAACCGCCGAGUUGGCCUCAGACGUCUACGAGACCAACUUCCUCGAUCUUGCCGCACAGCAACAGCUCGGCGACGAACUCCUGGUCGUCGUGCACGACCCCAGCUCCGGAGGCUGGCCGUCGCUUGCCCACCUGACCUCUGACGAGUACACAGCCUUCCACUCCAUCUUCUCGCGCGCGCGGGCUGUGAUGUGGCUGGUCCUCUCCUCCUCCGCCGCCGCAAUCGGCCCCGUCAACGGCCUCGCUCGGGCGCUGCGGAGAGAGAGACACGGUCUGGUCUUCUCCACCGUCAGCCUAGACACGACAAAGUCUGAUGCGUCCCUCCUCUCCGCUCAUGUCUCGAGGGCAGUAGAGAACUUCCUGCAGGGUGUAUCAACCGGGAGCUGCGAGUGGGAACUCAGCAUUACUAGUACUGCUACCCCAUCCGCAUCCCUGGAGUCCUCUCUUGCCACUAUUCCGCGCGUGUAUGAGUUACCGCACCUUGACAACGCCAUCCUGCAGUACACCUCGGCCGCCUCGCAAACCCCCAUCUUCUCCGCCUCGCACCGCUUCUCGUCGCUCGACCACAAAGUUAAACUAGCCAUCCGCCAACCGGGGCUCCUCGACACGCUCUACUUCACCGCGGCCCCUUCACCCCCGUCACCCUUACCACCACAAUUCAUCUCGGUCGCCGUCAAAGCGAUCGGCAUCAACUUCCGCGACUGCCUCAUCGCGCUCGGGCGUGUAGACCAAGACACGCUGGGGUCCGAAUGCGCCGGCAUCGUCCUCUCCGUCGGCUCCGAGGUUGCCCACCUCCAGCCCGGUGACCGUGUCCUCGUGUCAGCAUGCGACACCUUCCAGACGGUCGUGACCUGCCACGCCCAGCUGGCCGUCAAGAUCCCGAACCAGGAUGAGAAGAGCGUGACCUUCGCCGAGGCGGCGUCCAUCCCCACCAACUUCGUCACGGCCUACCACGCCCUCGUGCGCGUGGCGCGCCUGGCGCGGGGGGAGUCCAUCCUGAUCCACUCCGGCGCCGGCGGAACGGGCCAGGCGGCCGUGCAGAUCGCGCAGUGGUGCGGCGCACGCACAAUCUACGUCACGGUCGGGUCUGAGGCCAAGAGGGAGCUGAUGACGGACCGGUACGGGAUCCCGCCCCAGCACAUCCUCAGCAGCCGUGACCUGUCGUUUGCCGACGAUAUCCGGCGGUUGACCGGCGGGAAGGGGGUGGAUGUCGUGUUGAACAGUCUGGCGGGUGACGCGCUGGUCGCCGGGUGGGAGUGCGUUGCCGCGUAUGGCAGGUUCGUCGAGAUUGGCAAGAAGGAUAUCUUCGCGCAUGGGAAGCUGCCCAUGUUUCAGUUUGCCAAGAAUGUCUCGUUUUGCGCGGUCGAUUUGAGCGCCAUGACUGUCGACAAGCCCGAGCUGAUCCAGGAGGAGCUGAGUGCGGUGGUGGAUUUGUUCCGCCAGGGGGUGCUGAGGCUGCCGGACCCGAUGAAGGUGUUUUCCAUCGGGGAGGUGGAGGCUGCGUUCCGGUACCUGCAGAGCGGGAAGAAUGCUGGGAAGGUGGUGGUGGAGGUUGGCGAGGAUGAUGUGGUACCGGCCGUCAUCCAGCCAAAGAAAUCCGAAUGGACCUUCAGCCCCGACGCAUCGUUCGUCAUUGCCGGCGGCCUCGGUGCCAUGGGCCGCAUCAUCGCGCGCUGGAUGGUCUCCAAGGGCGCCCGCCACCUGGUGCUCCUCUCUCGACGGGGUCUGCAAGCUGACGACGCCAAGAUCACCGAAUUCGCCCGCGAUCUCGAGAGCAGCGGCGCACAGCUCUACUGCCCGCCCUGCGACGUCGCCGACGCGGACUCGCUCCGCGCAGUGCUAGCCCACUGCCGAGCCCACCUCCCGCCCAUCCGCGGCUGCAUCCAGGCGGCCAUGGUCCUGCGCGACGGCUUCUUCGAGAACAUGAGCCACGCGGACUGGACGGCCCCGCUGGGCCCCAAGAUCGACGGAUCCUGGAACCUGCAUGCCCAGCUGCCCCGCAACCUCGACUUCUUCAUCCUCUUCUCCUCCAUCGCCGGCAUCGUCGGCUCGCAGGCCCAGGCCAACUACGCCGCGGGCAACACCUUCCAAGACGAGCUGGCGCGGUACCGGGUAGCUCAGCUGGGCGAGCGCGCCGUGUCGGUCAACCUCUCGCUCGUGCAGGGCGACGGCUUUGCGGCCGAGCACCCGGAGCUGGCGCAGCAGUUCGUCAUGACCAAGCAUGUCGUCGAGAUGUCGCAGAACGAGAUGCUGGGUUUGUUAGAUCACCUCUGCGGACCAGAGGCAGCUGCUGCUACGGAGGAAGGAAACCUCCCGCCGCAGAUCGUCAUGGGUCUCGACCUGCCCGCCCACGCGCGCGCGAGGGGCCUCGACCCGCCGGGUUGGAUGCAGGAGCCCAUGUUUGCGAACCUGCACCAGCUCGAGAUGGACGCGCCCGAGGGCGAGGACGGCGAUGACCAAGGGGAUGACAGACAGAAAAAGGGUCAGGGCGGCCAGGGCGCAGACCUCCUUACGCGGGUUAGAGAGGCGCCGGGGGUUGGCGAGGCCGCGCAGAUCGUGUCGGACGCGCUGGUCAACAAGCUGUGCAAGGUGCUGGCGAGGGCGCCCGAGUCGUUUGACCGGGGCCAGCCGCUGCAUGUGUACGGGGUCGACUCGCUGGUGGCGGUCGAGCUGCGGAAUUGGUUUUUGCAGGGGUUGAAGGUUGAUGUUGCUGUGUUUGAGAUCUUGGGCGGUUCAACAUGCGAGACAAUUGGGCGGGGCGUUGCUGAGAAGGUUUUGGGUCAAGCUUGA